UCUGCUCUGCUCUGCUAGUCUCCGUCUCUCCUCCACUCUGACUCUGACGGUCCCCCCGAAGGGUUACAGGAAGUUGGAGCCGCUGCCAUGUUUAGCUGCUUUGUUGUAGAUUUCUUGUAGGUUUCCUGCAGAUUUUUUUUUAAGUGUUGCAAUGGAGCCGAGCUGGAGUUCAUUUUUAUUUCAGCAGGCAAAUGAAGCGCUACACCACCAGCACCAGGUGGGUCAGAACAGUCUGCUGCCCCUGCUCAACUCCGGGGCUGAACCACAAGACCAGAAGCCUGUGCUGCCCAUCCCACUGGACCAGAAGCCUCCAGUCAGUGCCGCAGAGCUCCUUAAGGACAAUGUGGCCAGUGGGGUGGGUGGAGGUGGGGGAGGAGGAGGAGGUCCAGGUGGAGGAGGUCCGGUGGUGGUCAAAAAAGAGCCCAAAUCCAAGACCCCCUUUAUUUGCGGCUAUUGUAACAAGGCCUUCCGGGACAGCUACCACCUGCGGCGGCAUGAGUCCUGCCACACGGGCAUCAAAAUGGUGUCACGACCCAAGAAGACCACCACAGCGCCCACCAUGGUGCCUCUCAUCUCCACGGUGCCACGGGACAACAACGGCAACCCCUCCUACGUCUCUACCGUGGCAGGCAUCCUCACAACAGCCACCACCUCGGCCUCUACGGCGGUUGGUGUAAUGUCCGCCCUGCCCCAGCAGCAGCAGCAGCCCAGUGUGCCUAAAAAACCUCCCAAGCCAGUGAAGAAGAACCACGGUUGCGAGAUGUGUGGCAAAGCCUUCCGAGACGUUUACCAUCUAAACCGGCACAAGUUAUCGCACUCGGACGAAAAACCCUUUGAAUGCCCUAUCUGCCACCAGCGCUUCAAAAGGAAGGACCGCAUGACCUACCAUGUGCGCUCACAUGAUGGGGGUGUGCAUAAACCUUACAUCUGCUCUGUGUGUGGGAAGGGCUUCUCCAGGCCAGAUCAUCUCAGCUGUCAUGUUAAGCAUGUUCACUCCACAGAAAGACCUUUUAAAUGCCAAGUAACGGCUUGCACGUCUGCUUUCGCUACCAAAGACCGUCUACGCUCACACAUGAUCCGCCAUGAGGGCAAGGUCACCUGCAACAUCUGCGGCAAAAUGCUGAGCGCCGCCUACAUCACCAGCCACCUGAAGACCCACGGCCAAGCCAGCUUCACCUCCCCCUGUAACAAAGACACUAACAACGUGUGCAACUCUGCCUCAGCCACACCAGUCACUGCCUCGGCUGUCGCCAGCACUACGGCCAUGAACCGUGGCACGGUCAGCAAUCCAGUCACCAUCGCCUCCAACACAGUCAACAUUACGGCACCGGUCAGCCUGCAGCACCCGGUCACCAUCACUGCUCCUGUGAACAUCGCCUCAGUCAAUAUACCAGCCACAGCGCCCAUGAACAUCGCUCAUCCAGUGGCCAUCACCACGCCCAUGUCCAUGAACAUCACUGGCCCUCUGAACAUCGCCAUGAGGCCUAUGGAAAGUAUGCCAUUCCUUUCCCAGGUCCUGCCUUCCUCCCCACCCUGGUAGAACCGAACGUCCACUCAUACACGUCCAACCCUCGUGUUUUAUUUUUAAAACAUUGUCUCCUGUUCUGGUCUUCCAUCAGUAGCAUGGUUCCUGUGUGAAGAAACAGCAUGGAAGGAUGUGAGGUAGAAGCUACAGACUUGUGCGGACAGACCGCAGCAGCAGCAGAUGAGAAGAAGUGAAGAUCUAGUAGAUGUAUGUUAGAUGGCACUCUGGUUAUGCUUAUUUUUGGCUAAAGGGUAAGCCAACCAAGACUGUCUAGAAUUUAGUGAAGUUGCUUAAGAAAGGAAAAUAAGUAGUUAAUGCAUGGAGUGGAGACCUAACAUGCUGUAUGUUUGGUGAUUUCACUUUGCUAGUGCCAGAAAAUCUCUGCCAGUAGCCAUUUGAAGAGGAGCAAAUUGCUCCAUCAAAUAGUUUGUGUGACUGGUAUUAACGGUUUUAUGAACUGUGAGGACUUUAUUUUUGUUAUUUUAGCUUGCUCAUCAGUAUUCCCUAGUUUUAUGCAUUGAGUCGUAUACAACAAAAGGGACAGAGGCUUCCAUUUUGUGGAAGAUGGUUAUUAUUAUUGUUAUUAUUAUUUUUUUUUUUUUUUUUUUAUUUUUUAUUAACAAUACUAUCUACGUAAGGAAAGCUGUUCCAAGGAUAGGUGGUUUAACUUUGUGUGCAAACCACUUAAAACUGUAGCUGUUUUUCUAGUUUUGAUGUAAUUUCUGGAUAUGGUCAUUCCUGGUAGAAGAAAAAUUGUAGUAUUGUUUUGAAUAGCUGGGAUAUCAUUCUGCUUAGUGGGUGAUGGACAUUACAGUAGUGAUUUGACAAAAGUCUUGCACUGAAAACAUAUCUGAUUGGUGAUAUCCUAAUGGCAGUAUUAUGAGAGAAUUUUUAUUUUAUUUUAUUUUUUUGGUAGUUAAGCUUCCUUAUGUAGAUGUUUGGUCAUCUAGCAGCUUCAAUCAGCACACUGAAACGUUCCCCAACAUAGAAACAAUAUUUUCGAGAGUGUUAAGUCAAUGAGAAAUCUCUACUUUUCCUUCUAUAAGGAUGAGGGCUGUACUCCAUGGACCUUUGCUGAGAGAAACCCACUCAUUUGACACUCGUGUUAAUAGGAUCAUGCACACCUCUCUUUUCCGACCUCUUUUAAAUACACUAAACCAUUGUCUCCUUAUUUUCUGAAUUUUUUAAGUCCCUUGAAGCUGCCAUUCAUUUCCAUCAAAAUAGCUGUCUGUUAGGCCUGUGCCUGGUGACGGCUAACCGAGGUACUGCGACUAUAUAACUGCCACUAGUGAGGGUAAAAGCUUGUUUACUGCAGAUUUGAAAAACAAAUGUUCAUUUACUGACUUAUUUGAAAGACACUAAUAUUUUCACAGAUGAACAUAAUUUUUAACUAUAUUGAUAUUUUAUUACCACAAUUAUUGCACCUAGAAUAGUUGAAACUUGUAGAAAUGCGGGUUGAGCUGCACUGGUUGAGCAGUUGCAGUACCAUUCUUUAUAACUAGAUUACACUUUUGUGGCCAAAUUAAAGAUGACCAUAUUCUACAACUUCAAUUUUAACCAAGCUGAAAAUAUCAUUUACUUUUUAGCUUUAACUCACAGUGUGCUCACUCUUGUCUGUGCUUAAGAGUUAGAGGUCAUCUAAAAAUUACAAGAAAAAAAUUUUGAUGUCAUUAUUAAUAAUAAGUAUUAGUAGUGGUGGUGGCAGCAGCAGUAGUAUGUUUAUAGGUACAUUUGCUAAUGUUUUUGGACAUGUUAUUAGCAAUGUUCCUGGACAGAGAAUAAUAAUAAUAAUAAUAAUAGCAAUAACACCAGUAAUUUCUAGACCGUUAUCUCCACAGUUAUCUGAAUAAGAGGAUCCUGUAACCGGCACAGGCCUACUGUGUAUUAUGAAUAUGCUUCAGUUUGUUAGGUUUACUUUUUUGUUCCUUGAUUACUGUUAAACCAAAACUGCCAUCUGUUGUUCAGGGUUUGUUGGCUUGGUGUUUAUCCAUGACACUCAUCCCUGCUCCAAAUGACUGUAGGAAGUUAGUAAUGAACCAAGUAUUUCAUCCUUUAUGGAUGCUAAAAAGCAAUAUAUAGACUGAACUGCUAACCCAUUCCAUUCCUUUCUGACUUAGUUUGUGAAGUUGCCCUCCUCUUGAUUGUGUGCUCUGUGUUUUAGGGGUGAGUCUGGACAAACAAGAGAAUCAGCUAAAUGUGCCCAUACUUUAAUGGUCAGGGCUACAGUUGUGGCCCAAAUAUUAUUGCAUUUUAAUAACUAAGGCUGUGUUUAGACAGCAAGGGAAAUGUCCUAAAAAACUCCAGUGUAUUUUUUUUUUCUCCUCAUUGACCUGAAGCUGGGGGUUUGAACAUUCUGCUACCUUGCUGAAAUGACUACCAGCAUAUGAAUGUGGUCAAAAUUAGAACUGUUGUAGUUAGAUUUAGAGAAUUUGAAUAAUUUUCUUGUCACAGUGAUUGAAAAUAAACUGAUUUGACUGCAAAUACGUAGGUGCGAGGAAAAAAAAAUCAAGAGUUUAAACAAAGCCUAAAACCUAUUGUAUGUUUCAAAUUCUUUAGGUAUUAAACUGUCUCCCCAUUUCAACUUGUAGCAGCAUUUUCAUACAUUGCAUGAACUUCCCAGUGAGGAACGUGGUGCCUGAAGUGAUUUCCUGUCUGUCCUGUCUGUCCUGUCUGUCCUGUCUGUCCUGUCUGUCCGUCUGUCCGUCUGUCCGUCUGUCUGUCUGUCUGAGAGCGUUGCCUUGUUUAACAGGGGCAUCUUGUUUGACUUUGAAAACUGGAAUUUGAGGAAUGGGACUGAUGUGACUGGUUAAAAUCAUUACAGAACAUUUGUGUUUGGAGUAUGCUUAUGCUAAAUGUUUGUCCAUCCACAGUGGCAUUAAUUCUGUGCCUGAUCUGAAAAUGUUUGAAAAUGCCACAAUGUGGAACAUGUCAAAUGUGUGUGAAGAUUUAAGGACUCUUUUAAUUUGGACAAAGUCCACAUUUGAGGAAUUUGUCAUGAGGAUUUUCCUGAAGUGUUUUUUUUUUCCUUUUUCUUUGUUGUUUGUUUUUUAACGCCUUAUGCACCAACAGUAUCUUUUUAAAGAAACAUGUUUGAUUACUAGUGAGGGAAGACAUUUAUUUUCUGGUUUGGAUUGAAGAAUGAAGCUGUAGUUCAGUCCUUUUUAAAAAUUUUGAUGAAUUGGCAAAACUUGUGAAUGCCAGUGAAUGUAUAUCUUUGUACAAAACAGUUAGCUCAGAGGAUGUGGUAGAUAUGUUAGACGUGCAAGGAAAAACGAAAACAAGUUAAAAUAACCUUUUAUAAAACUUUUUGUAUUAGAACAUUAACAUUGAUAAUUUUGUAUAUAUGAAGACUAGGCUUUUUUGGUUAGCAGAAAGGUAAAACAUUCCUACAUUUUUUAAAUGUAUGUAUGUCAAGAACAAUUAUGUAAACACGAUGCGCAAUGUUUUAUGUGCCUUUUAUUUGGGUUGACUAAAUAAAAGAAAAUUGUAAAACAUGGA